UCGGGAAGCAUUGGAUGAACCUGGGUCGGCGCUGGGCCAGGCUGAUGUCGGGAUGGGCGGUGGUGACUCGGAUGCUAGGGAUCCGUGGGGAGGAGGGAGGGGGACAGAUCUUGGGGCGGGGUCGACAUUUCCCAUCCUGGACCAGCCCUCGCGCUCCGAAGUCUGACCUUGGGGUCAGAUCCCCCCGCCCCCCUCUCCCCCCACCGCGGAUCUGGCUUUGGAGACUCAGGGCCAGUAUUCCUAGUCAGGGACCGGGACCCUGUCCUGAACCUUGUAUCGCAACUCAGAACGCCUCUCAGUCGCCAACAGAGACUUACGGGAUUGACAUUCCCGGUCGAAGCCUCCCACCAAUGUAUGCCAUUAAAGCCCUACCCCCAGAGUCUUCUUUCAGGCCCUCCUAGUCCUUCAGUAUUGGCUCUCACAGCUUCCAAGAGGGGCUAGACCCCCGGGAGGGCCUUCAUUUCUCUAAGUCUUCUCUAGCAGCUUCCUUCAGAUCGCUCUGCCUCCUCCCCCAACUCACACAGGCGUUAUCUGCCCUUAGAGCCUCCAAGGAAACUAGACCCUGUGAAAGACGAUUUGGGCCUGUCCUCCAUGUCAGAGACCGGUUCGCCACAUCUCCAACCCCAACCUGGCCCUAGCAUCUUCCAUCAGAAAGCCCUCUGGGCCCAGCAUUUCUAAUCAGAGGUUCUCUUCAACAUUUACCCUUAGAGACUCCUUUCAUUUCUAGCAUCCGCUUUUAGAGACUUCCUCUACUUUGAGGGAAUGCCCUUUUCCAUGGUCUCAGUAUUCUCUUUGGAGACUGCCUCUUGUGGGCCUCAGCAGCUCCCUGAUCACACACUCCCUAACUCCCAGGAUGUUCCCUCAGAGCCUCCCGAAGGACCAAAUACCAGGGCGGAACUGUUUGGAUACAUAAUUCUCCACCACAGAUUCCCCCGGCCAGCACCUGCCCUUGCAGACCCUGUUGCCUUCCAGCUCCCUCCAUCAGACUCACCUCAAACCCCACCCUUCACUCAACAUCUGCCUUCAAAAGCCAUCCGGGGUUUCAGCUUCUCUCACAGAUCCCUUAACCUCACAUCAGGCCUGAGAAUCUCCUCAGAGUCUUUCAAGGUCCCCAGCAUCAGUUAGAGGCCUUCAGGUUCGUAAGACCCCAGCAUCAUUGUCAGAUGUCCCUUCUUCCAACAGGCCUAGUUGUCUUCAGUCAGAGUAGAAAACCUCUUCAGCAUCUACUCUCAGAGCCUCCAUGGAUUCCACAUAAUUGGUCAGAGAAACCCAAUCCUACUUGGAGACCUAGCCAGUAUCUGCUUACUGAACUUUUUAGGGCCAGAACUGUCUGGGCUCAGCCUCCCCUUUCCACUCUGUUAGAGCAGCUGCUGUACCUAGCAUGUACGAAUCAGAGAUCGACACAAGGCCUUUGUGCUCCAUUAGAAAUCCCUCCCCAACCCUACCCUAGGACUCAGCAUUCACCUUCAUAGAUAGCCUCCUGGGACUCUUGACAUCGAUGUCAGAGACACCUGUCUCCCCACAGGUCCCUGUUAUUUUUGGUCAAAAGGUUUUUCUGUGCCAACAGCAUCCAUCUGCAGAGACCCCUAGAGCCCCAGCAUCCUCCUGAUGGAGAGCACACCUCCCCCUAGACCCCAGCAUCUUCCUGCAGCCUCCUUGGGCCCCAGAAUCCCCCACCCAUUCCCUGUGUAGCUUCCAUGGGGCCCAGCUACUGUCCUCCUACCUCCUUGCAGCCUCAGGGGGCCUGUAGUGCAAUUUCCUGGCCUUUCCCUCAAAGAUCCUUUCCAAAGACCCAGAUAUGAGUCUUAACAAUCUGGCCUGGCCCUCCCCUGCCCGCCUCCCAUGACUUCUAACCCCCUUUUCCAUCUCCCUCUGAGCCUCCAUGGGCUCAAACAACUACCUCCUGACUCCUCUCUUAUGUUCCCAGGGACUUCUCAGUUAAUCCCUCCCAGGAGGCUUGACAGGCCCCAGCAUCCUGUGCCCUAGCUUCUCCAUCUCGAUAACCUGACCCUGUGCCUGCCCCCUCUCAAACCUGCUCCAGGAUUCCUGCCUCAAACCUUCUUCUCUGGUUUGGGUGGUAGAGAAUGCUCAGGCUUCAAAAUCACCAGUGUGGAGACCUCAGGCAAGUUCUGAAACUCUCUAAGCCCCAUUUCAGCUUUGCUGAAGAACGGAUAGUAUAUGCAUCCUAAUUGGGGCCUGAGCAUAUGUUGAAGGGAGAAAGGGUAUCGAUUUUGUACUGGGGGUAGGGGGAAUUUUUAGCUCCUCUCUGGGGUUUCUGCCCUAGAAUCCUCCUGCUUGCCUUGAGACUGGGCUGUUGCAAAUCUCUGCAGUUGAAAUCUUUUCUGGAACAGUUACCCAAAACCUGCUUAGACCCUUGCUGGCAGCAACAGGAAUGUGGAGAUAAAAAGUGCAGAUAUUAAAGAUCUCUCUGGCCCUGGGUCAUCUCUGAUUUAGGAAGUAAACGAGAUGGUGUGUCCCAGACGAGCAAAGCAGUGACAAAGCAAAGAGAUAACUAAGUAAUGGAGGCCACUGCAGGUGUCCAGGGAGGAGCUUACUUAGGUCUUCAAGUCGCUGAGUUCUGACCACAGAAGUUGACUGUUUUUAACCUCGGCAGCUUCUUGAGGAUAGUUCUGUUUGUCCCUGCCUUUUGAGAAAAUGGGGCUCAGUAAAUGAGAGCCCUUCCCCAGGUCACAGAGUCAGUAAAUGGAAAAAUUAUGAUUUGCUUUUGUCUCCACACUAAUUCACCAACUUUUUCUUGUCUAGGUUAGUGCUCUGCAUUCCCAGUAAUUAGGUUGGUUGGCUCCAGGGCCCUAGCCAGCCUCCUGCCUUCUGGGUCCUCCUCCCUCACACCUCAUCCCUUAGCCCUGUGGGCUGGGUCCUGAGCUUGAUCCUGACUCUGUUCUCCCAGGAGGCAUUUGGCAAACAGGCCCGCACCAGCUGCGUGACUGUGGGCAAGUGACUGAGUUCUCCGAGCCUUUUUUUUUUCUUUCUUGUGUUGUGGGCGUGAGGUUAUCUCGUUCGUGGGCAUUGUUGGGAUUGGACAAAGCCCUUUACCCUGUGAUUGACGGGCAGUGAGCUCUUGGUAGAUGAUGGGGAGGGAGCUCCUGUCUUCUUGCCUAGUGUCAGAGUGUGACAGGUGCCAAGAUGGAACCUUAGGUACACUGGGGGUGCUCAGUGUGAUAUGGGGGGGAGGGUCAGAAAAGGCCCAGGGUAGGAGGACAGUGGCUUAGGAGAGCAUUGGUGGUGAGGGGAAAUGGUCGAGGGUCCUGUUGUCUCCGCCAUGUGGAUCCAGUCACACACAGAUUUCACUCCCACAGCAGGCUCUGUCUAUUGUUCUGACUCUGGGACCCAGUAUGUGAUGCUUGGCAGGUUAACUUGACCUCAUGAGCUCAGGUUUUCUCAUUUGUCUGGCAAGGGUGCUCAACCCUGCCUUGCAGGGUCAGGAGCAUGGAGGGGAGGAAAUGUGAUAAUACCAGGCGGCGGCAGCCUAGGCUUCAGGGUCAGCAGAUCCUGGUCCGGGCCCCGCUUGGCCACUGUGUUUGUGGGAACCUCGGUCAAGUCACCACAUGUCCCCGAGUGAAUUUUUUUUCCUCCGGUGUGAGUUGGGGGAUGUUAUUGAUAGAUAGUAGUCCAGAUCUCACAGAGACGCCCUGAGGACAAAGUGAGGCAAGGCUCAUAAAGUGCUUACUUAGUGUGACAUUUGGCACAGGGAGGGUUCCUGAUAAAUGUUCAUCCACCAUUGUUAACCUGUUUAAGGGGCUCCACGUGCAGACAGGGCUUGGGAAGUGUGUGUGUUGUCUCUCCCCGUGACCUCUUUCAUUGGCCUGGGCCUUUCCCCUCCCAGAGCUGGGGGGAGGGGUGCGGUGGGCUUUGGAAAACUCUCUUCCCUGGGCCCCUCUGGGGACUGGGUCUCUGGCAAGGUGUCUCCCGCCAUCAUGCCACCCCGACGGAAGCCUAAGCCGCGUUUCCCUCCUGCGCCCCUGUCACCGGGGUUAAGGGGGAGGAGAACAGCUGCUUGUUGUUGCCUGCCCGCUCUGUGUCAGGCUCUGUGGUCUGGGCUCUCUUUCAUCACUUCAGCAACUCCGUGGGGUAGAUGUCCAGCUCGCCGCUGUCCAAGAAACGUCGCGUGUCCGGGCCUGAUCCAAAGCCGGGUUCUAACUGUUCCCCUGCCCACUCCGUGUUGUCCGAAGUGCCCUCGGUGCCAACCAACGGAAUGGCGAAGAACGGCAGUGAAGCAGACAUAGAUGAGGGCCUUUACUCCCGGCAGCUGUAUGUGUUGGGCCAUGAGGCCAUGAAGCGGCUCCAGACCUCGAGCGUCCUGGUGUCAGGCCUGCGGGGCCUGGGCGUGGAGAUUGCCAAGAACAUCAUCCUUGGUGGGGUCAAGGCUGUCACCCUGCAUGACCAGGGCACUGCCCAGUGGGCUGACCUCUCCUCCCAGUUCUACCUGCGGGAGGAGGACAUUGGUAAGAACCGGGCUGAGGUCUCCCAGCCCCGCCUCGCCGAGCUCAACAGCUAUGUGCCUGUCAGUGCCUACACUGGGCCUCUGGUUGACGACUUCCUUAGUGGCUUUCAGGUGGUGGUCCUCACCAACACCCCCCUGGAGGACCAGCUGCGGGUCGGUGAGUUCUGUCACAACCGUGGCAUCAAGCUGGUGGUGGCAGACACGCGGGGCCUGUUUGGGCAGCUCUUCUGUGACUUUGGAGAGGAAAUGAUCCUCACAGAUUCCAACGGGGAGCAGCCACUCAGUGCUAUGGUUUCUAUGGUCACCAAGGACAACCCCGGUGUGGUCACCUGCCUGGAUGAGGCCCGACAUGGGUUUGAGAAUGGCGACUUUGUCUCCUUUUCAGAAGUACAGGGCAUGGUUGAACUCAACGGAAGUCAGCCCAUGGAGAUCAAAGUCUUGGGUCCUUACACCUUUAGCAUCUGUGACACCUCCAACUUCUCCGAUUACAUCCGUGGAGGCAUUGUCAGUCAGGUCAAAGUACCUAAGAAGAUCAGCUUUAAAUCCUUGCUGGCCUCACUGGCAGAGCCUGACUUCGUGAUGACAGACUUUGCCAAGUAUUCCCGGCCCGCCCAGCUGCACAUUGGCUUCCAGGCCCUACACCAGUUCUGUGCUCAGCAUGGCCGGCCCCCUCGGCCCCGCAAUGAGGAAGAUGCGACAGAGCUGGUGACCUUAGCCCGGGCCAUGAAUGCGCGAGCCCUGCGGGCAGUGCAGCAGGACAACCUGGACGAGGACCUCAUCCGAAAGCUGGCCUAUGUGGCUGCUGGGGACCUGGCACCCGUAAACGCUUUCAUUGGGGGCCUGGCUGCCCAGGAGGUCAUGAAGGCCUGCUCUGGGAAGUUUAUGCCCAUAAUGCAGUGGCUAUACUUUGAUGCCCUGGAGUGUCUCCCGGAGGACAAAGAGGCCCUCACGGAGGACAAGUGCCACCCGCGCCAGAACCGUUAUGAUGGGCAGGUGGCCGUGUUUGGCUCUGACCUGCAAGAGAAGUUGGGCAAGCAGAAGUACUUCCUAGUGGGUGCAGGAGCCAUUGGCUGUGAGCUGCUCAAGAACUUCGCCAUGAUUGGGCUGGGCUGUGGGGAGGGCGGAGAAAUUGUUGUCACCGACAUGGACACUAUUGAGAAGUCAAAUCUGAACCGGCAGUUUCUGUUCCGGCCCUGGGACGUCACGAAGUUAAAGUCUGACACGGCCGCUGCAGCUGUGCGUCAGAUGAAUCCGCACAUCCGGGUGACAAGCCACCAGAACCGUGUGGGCCCUGACACAGAGCGCGUCUAUGAUGACGAUUUCUUCCAAAACCUGGAUGGUGUGGCCAAUGCCCUCGACAAUGUGGAUGCCCGCAUGUACAUGGACCGCCGCUGUGUGUACUACCGUAAGCCGCUGCUGGAGUCUGGCACACUGGGCACCAAGGGCAACGUGCAGGUGGUGAUCCCCUUCCUGACAGAGUCCUACAGCUCUAGCCAGGAUCCGCCUGAGAAGUCCAUCCCCAUCUGCACUCUGAAGAACUUCCCUAACGCCAUUGAGCACACCCUGCAGUGGGCUCGGGAUGAGUUUGAAGGCCUCUUCAAGCAGCCGGCAGAAAACGUGAACCAGUACCUCACAGACCCCAAGUUUGUGGAGCGGACCCUGCGGCUGGCGGGCACCCAACCCCUGGAGGUGCUGGAGGCCGUGCAGCGCAGCCUGGUGCUGCAGCGGCCACAGACCUGGGCCGACUGCGUGAGCUGGGCCUGCCACCACUGGCACACCCAGUACUCUAACAACAUCCGGCAGCUGCUGCAUAACUUCCCUCCCGACCAGCUCACGAGCUCGGGAGCUCCGUUCUGGUCUGGGCCCAAACGCUGUCCACACCCGCUCACCUUUGAUGUCAACAAUCCCCUGCAUCUGGACUACGUGAUGGCUGCCGCCAACCUGUUUGCCCAGACCUAUGGGCUGACAGGCUCUCAGGACCGAGAUGCUGUGGCCACACUCCUACGGUCUGUGCAGGUCCCCGAGUUUACUCCCAAGUCUGGCGUCAAGAUCCACGUCUCUGACCAGGAGCUGCAAAGCGCCAAUGCCUCAGUUGAUGACAGCCGUCUCGAGGAGCUCAAGGCCACACUGCCCAGUCCAGAAAAGCUCCCUGGAUUCAAGAUGUAUCCCAUCGACUUUGAGAAGGAUGAUGACAGCAAUUUCCAUAUGGAUUUCAUUGUGGCUGCAUCCAACCUCCGGGCAGAGAACUAUGACAUUCCCCCUGCAGACCGGCACAAGAGUAAGCUGAUUGCAGGGAAGAUCAUCCCCGCCAUUGCCACGACCACAGCAGCUGUGGUUGGUCUUGUGUGUCUGGAGUUGUAUAAAGUGGUGCAUGGGCACCGACAGCUGGACUCCUACAAGAAUGGUUUCCUCAACUUGGCCCUGCCCUUCUUUGCCUUCUCUGAACCCCUUGCCGCACCCCGUCACCAGUACUAUAACCAGGAGUGGACGUUGUGGGAUCGCUUUGAGGUCCAGGGGCUGCAGCCUAACGGCGAGGAGAUGACACUCAAACAGUUCCUGGACUACUUUAAGACAGAGCACAAGUUGGAGAUCACCAUGCUGUCCCAGGGUGUGUCCAUGCUCUACUCCUUCUUCAUGCCGGCCGCCAAGCUCAAAGAACGGUUGGAUCAGCCGAUGACUGAGAUCGUGAGCCGUGUGUCGAAGCGAAAGCUGGGCCGCCACGUGCGGGCGCUGGUGCUUGAGCUGUGCUGCAACGACGAGAGUGGCGAGGAUGUUGAGGUCCCCUAUGUACGAUACACCAUCCGCUGACCCCCG